AUGGCUGCAGCUGAGACCGCCUUGCCCUCCAUCAGCACGCUGACCACCUUGCGCCCCUUCCUGGACACACAGGAGGACUUUCUCAAGUGGUGGCGCUCUGAGGAGGUGCAGGACUUGGGUCCGGGUCCCCCUGAUCCCACCGGGCUGCCCCUCCACGUGAGGCCGGAGUUGCAGGACGCGCCCAGGGAGGACGAAGACGGCGAGAGGGACUCGGCCACUGCCUGGGAUCUGGAUCUCCUUCUCACCAAUUUCUCGUGCCCAGAGCCGGGCGGCGCGCCCCAAACCUGCGCUUUGGCGCCAGGCGAGUGCCCCGGGGUGCAAUUCCCGCCGCCGCCGCCGCCGCCGCCGCCGCCGCCGCCACCCGAGACUCCCAGCCCGUAUGUGGGCGGCCCGGGGCUGGUGGCUGGGCUCUUGGGUCCCGAGGAGCACCCGGGCUGGGCACGCCCGGCCCCAAGAGCCCCGGCCCCGGACGCCUUCGCCGGCUCAGCCCUGGGCCCAGCCCCCGAGCCCAAGGCACUGCCGCUGCAGCCGGUGUACCCCGGGCCAGGUGCGGGCUCCUCCGGCAGCUACUUCUCGAGGACCGCGCUUUCAGUGCCCACGGCGCCAGGCGCCCCCUACGGGCUGCUGUCCGGGUACCCAGCGCUGUACCCGGUGCCGCAGUACCAAGGGCACUUCCAGCUCUUCCGCGGGCUCCCGGCGCCUGCUCCCGGCCCCACAUCACCCCCUUCUUUCUUGAGUUGUCUGGGACCCGGGACGGCGGGUGCGGGACUCCGAGGGACCGCAGGAGACCCAGGAGGGAUCGCGGACGCGGCGCCAUCCAAACGCAGCCGGCGAUCGUGGGCGCGCAAGAGGCAGGCGGCGCACACAUGCACGCACCCGGGCUGUGGGAAGAGCUACACCAAGAGCUCGCACCUAAAGGCUCAUCUGCGCACGCACACAGGGGAGAAGCCCUACGCCUGCACGUGGGACGGCUGUGGCUGGAGGUUCGCGCGCUCGGACGAACUGACCCGCCACUACCGGAAGCACACUGGACAGCGCCCCUUCCGCUGCCAGCUCUGCCCGCGCGCUUUUUCACGCUCCGAUCACCUGGCCCUGCACAUGAAGCGUCAUCUUUGA